AGUGAUACAAACCUAAAAAAAUUAGAUUUCCAAAUACGAUUCUAUUUAAGUUUGCAUAAUCACAUUCCUAAUUAAUAAUUCUAUUAACAACUGAUUUUGACUUUUUACCAAAAUCUCCAAACAUUUGGAGAGGAUGAGCGAAAUCUUAGGAUUAGUAUCAUUAUAUAAAACAGUAUAGUCUAGUAGUACUCUACGCACACUAUACUUUCUUACCACUAAUUUAACUUCCCCUCCCUCUCCCUAUAUCACAUCCGGUUAUUUUGGCGGCACCAUAACCGCCACAUUUCCAUCACUCCUCGCAUUCCUCUCUCUCUCACUCUCUCUCAAUUUUUUUUUGCACAAUAUAAACACUGUGGAUUUAGCAUUUCUUUUAAAUAAAUCCGUUGAUUAUUCAUCAUAGAUAUUCGAAGAGAUUGAGGAGGUAUGAGGGACUUUGCAAAAACUUCAUUCUCUCUCUCCACCCUCCUCUGCCAAGAAGAUGAAACUUGUCUGAACCAAUUGGAAGACGAAUCUAAAACUUCUGUAGAAUCAAAUCCAUGUUUUCUUUUUGAUAACGACGAUGAAUAUGUCGAAAACUUGAUUCAGAAAGAAGCUCAUUGCUUUGGAUCCAAAGGGUUCAAGGAUUGCCCGGCCUCUGGCAUGAGCUGGUUGAAAACAACUCGAUUGGAUGCCAUUGAUUGGAUUUUCAAUGCAUGUACAGGGGCAGUUUUUGGGUUCCAGUUGCAAACAGCUUACUUAUCAGUGACUUACUUUGAUGGGUUUCUUUCAAAACGAUCCAUUGAUGAUAAGAAAUUGUGGGCUAUUAGAUUGUUAUCAGUGGCAUGUUUAUCCUUGGCUGCUAAGAUGGAAGAAUGCAAAAUACCAGCUUUAUCAGAUUAUUCGGUUUCGGAUUACGAUUUUGAAAGCAAGGUGAUUCAAAGAAUGGAGCUUUUGGUGCUGAAUACAUUGGAAUGGAAGUUGGGUGCAAUCACUCCUUUUGAUUAUCUGCACUACUUCAUCAAUAAGUUUUGUGCAGAUCAAUUAAGACCAAAAGAACUAGCUUCUAAUGCUAUCGGACUAAUUGUGGCAAUGGCAAAAGGUAAUAUGACCCCAUACUCCCAAUCUAAUUAAAUUUACAUAAUUCGUUACAUUUCCUAAUCGAUAUGAUUUCUGUAACGCAGAAAAUGAUUUGAUGGAUACUCGGCCGUCGAUUAUUGCAGCUGCUGCAGUUUUAGCAACAUCAGAUGGUCAAUUAAGCAGAAAGAUUAUGGAGCUUAAGAUGAAUGUGAUCUCAUUCUUGCAGUCCCAAGAUUAUGAAUACAUAUAUUCCUGCUAUGAUUUUAUGCAGGAAAUACUGGAAAGAAAAGAUAAGACACCAGCUCCCAAGUUUUCAAAUUCCCCUCUAUCAAUCCAUUCAAACUCAAUGGAAGUGCUUGAAACUUCACCAGUUGGCACUAAGAGAAGGCUUACAUUCAGUGACUCUUCUGAUCAAAGUUACCCAACCAAGAAAAUUGACCAGCCAUAGUUACUGUUGAGGUUUUUUGAAUAUUUGUUGGUUUUUUGAUUGAAUUAUAGAGAGAAAAAAAGAAUUUCUAGGAGAUGGGGGGUUUAAAUUAUAGUUAUAAUGAGUGUCAUAUUUAAUUUCUACCAAUUUAUGGUAUAUUUGAUUUGGGAUUUUGUUGAUUGGGGUUCCAAUUUCCAAUACCAAACAAAAGAUUUCAGCUGGUGACAACCAGGAGAAAAGUGAAAAAAAGAAAUUAAUAAAGUAACAAGUAAGAAGUAAUUGACUGAA